AUGUCGCAGCGUCCCUCCGUGGCCAAAAAGGCCGACGCCUCUCCUAUCGCCCUCGACGAGCCCAAGCGCGUCCAGCUCCAGCAGUACCGCGACUCUGAUGGCCACUUCUCUCUCGUCCGCAACUUCCGCCUGGCCGACCUGAUCACAAUCAUGAACGGCGUGUGUGGCACGCUGUCGAUCCUCUCUUCAGCCCGCUACCUCAUCCUCUCGUCCAACCUCCCCGCUCCCCCCACCCAGGAGGCAACAAACGUUCUCUACUUUGCUCACCUCCUCCCCGUCCUCGGCUUUGGAUUUGACGCUCUGGAUGGCAAGGUCGCCCGCUGGCGUGGUGGCGGCUCCAUGCUCGGCCAGGAGAUGGACUCGCUCGCCGACCUUGUCUCGUUUGGCGUCGCCCCCGCCACCCUCGCCUACACCCUCGGUGUGCGCACCAUCCUCGACCAGGUGUGUCUCCUCCUGUUCGUCUCUGGCGGUCUCGCCCGUCUCGCCCGCUUCAACGCCACCGUCGCCCUCAUCCCCGCCGACGCCUCGGGCAAGUCCAAGUACUUUGAGGGUCUCCCCAUCCCCUCGUCUCUCCUCCUCACGGCUGCCAUGGCCUUCUUCGUCCGCAACGGCUGGUACGCCAUGGGAGCCGGCUCCAACGCCGACGUUCCCUUCGGUCUCUUCCGCCUGUUCGGCGAGGCCGGUGGCAACGGCGAGAUUCACGGCCUGGCCGUCAUCUUUGCUCUGUGGGCCGCUGCCAUGAUCUCCAAGACUCUGCACGUCCCGAAGCUGUAG